GAACAGCGCGCUCCAGUGGGAACAGUGCGCUCCAGUGUCCAGCCUGUGGUCUGCAGUGAGACACGGACAGAGCUGCCGCUGCCGAGGGGCACGUACAGUGUGUGACUUGAUAAUACGAGGCUCGUUUUAUACUGAAAAGAACAACAACUAGAUAUAUUUGCUCCUGCAUCAAGCAAUCGGAGACGCACCGUAAGACAAAAUAGAAGGUUGGAAGUUCUGACUUGGGUGUGAGUGAGGACAGUCAAAGUAAAUCAUCUGGAGAGAAGCUGCAGCUCAGGCAACAUACUGUACACCAUGAGGACGAAGGACAGCUCCGCCACAGGCAGCUGGACUCUAGAUAACAAGCAUAUCUCUUCCGCAGUGAAGAACUCCUGCCACCCCAAUCUGAAGAUGUUCCUUGCAGCAUUGUCCUUUGCCUACUUUGCCAAGGCUUUAUCUGGCAGCUACAUGAAGAGCACAAUGACACAACUAGAGAGGCGAUUCGACAUCUCCAGUUAUUUGAUCGGCAUCAUAGACGGGAGCUUUGAAGUAGGGAACUUGCUGGUGAUUGCCUUUGUGAGCUAUUUUGGUGCCAAACUUCACCGCCCCAAGAUCAUAGCAGUCGGCUGUAUCUUGAUGUCUUUUGGGACCUUCCUAAUCGCCAUGCCACAUUUCCUCAUUGGCCGCUAUAAUAUCGAAACGUCAGUCAGAUCUUCAGUGAAUUCAACCAAUAACCUCUCUCCGUGUGCAGAAAGCUUACCUGAGUCCAUCAGGGCAGGUGACAGGCCCUCUAUACUGCCCUCCAAGGGUUGUGUGCGAGAGUCCGGUGUUCCGAUGUGGAUCUAUGUGUUUUUGGGAAAUGUCCUGCGUGGGAUUGGAGAGACUCCAGUUCAGCCUUUGGGAAUUGCCUACAUUGAUGAUUAUGCAGAGUCGGAGAAUUCUGCUCUUUAUAUUGGUUGUGUCCAAACAAUAUCAGUCAUUGGCCCUGUCUUUGGCUACCUGCUGGGGUCGCUUUGUGCCAAAAUCUACGUUGAUAUUGGCUAUGUGGACAUGGAGACUGUCACUAUUAGCCCUGGUGACGCCCGCUGGGUGGGGGCAUGGUGGCUGGGCUUCCUCAUCACUGGUACCAUCACGCUCAUAUCCGCUGUUCCUUUCUGGUUCCUGCCCAAGUCACUGCCGGUGCCUGUGGACAAACAUGAUACCAGCUGCACUCCAGAGCAAACCAGGUUCAUCAAAGAUUCCCCAACCAUGGAGCACAAGUUCAGACCCGAGGAGCCGGCCAGUUUACAUCAGAUGGCCAAGGAGUUUGUGCCUACAUUGAAGAGUCUCCUUGGAAAUCCUGUGUACAUCAUCUACUUGUGCGUGACCAUCAUUCAGUUCAACUCUCUCAUUGGGAUGGUCACCUACAAACCCAAAUACAUUGAGCAACACUAUGGCCAGUCAGCAUCCAAAGCCAAUUUUCUCAUGGGCGUGAUCAACAUCCCUGCUGUGGCCCUCGGGAUGUUCUCCGGAGGGGUUGUCAUGAAGAAGUACAAGUUGGAUAUUAUGGGAGCAGCUAAAUUCACCUUUGGGACCUCACUGCUGGGCUACUUCCUGUCACUCUUUUUCUUAGCCAUGGGCUGCGAUAACUCCAAGGUGGCAGGCAUCACUGUUUCAUAUGGCGGAGUGGGAAGCUCGUCUCAUCAGGAACCGUCUCUCUUCUCCGACUGUAAUACGGAUUGCUUGUGCUCAGGAAGAGAGUGGGAUCCGGUUUGUGGAGAGAACGGACUCACCUACGUGUCCCCAUGCUUGGCUGGGUGCACCUCCUCCUCUGGCUCUGGGAGAAACAUGGUUUUUGAAAACUGCAGGUGUGUGUCGCUGCCUAGCGCCCCAACAGAAAAUCUGACGGUCACCCUUGGCCAGUGUCCACGCGAGGACAGCUGUGACAAAAUCUUUCCAUACUUCCUGGCUCUGUCGGUCGUCAGUUCUUUCAUUAUUUCUCUCGGGGGAACGCCUGGCUUUGUGCUGCUCAUCAGGUUCAUUAAACCGGAGCUGAAAUCACUUGCACUUGGAAUCCACACACUGGCCACUCGCACACUGGCUGGAAUACCUGCCCCUAUAUACUUUGGAGCCAUAAUCGACACAACCUGCCUCAAAUGGGGAUACAACCUGUGUGGAGGAAGAGGAGCAUGUAGAAUAUAUAACACUUCAGCUUACAGGAUAGUGUAUCUGGGCCUGGCACUGGGCUUGAGGACAGUCUCCUUCUUCUUUUGUAUUUUGGGAUUUGCUCUAUUCAAAAGACACAUAAAGAGGGAGGAGAAAAAUGCUCUGGCCAAUGGGAACGCAGAGAUGGAGUCACUAAGCAAAGAGGAGAACAGCUCCACACACUGUGAGCAGUUUGUCCUGGCGUCGGACUGCAGUCCCGACAGAGAAACUCACUUGUGAGCCUCAGCUCAACCUCUCUUCUCCGUUGCAUCACCUCAGGUGUACAGAGGAACACACACUGGACUUUUCAAAGCACACACAGUAUAGAGUACAGAGUAUACAGCACAUAUAUAGUAUAUAUAUUUACAGGAUUUGGGGUAACAUAUGAUAACUGAUAAAGAGCCUUUUUAUAAACGUGCUAUUUUAAGGAAUGUAUACAUUUACGUUUGUGU